UAGAUAUUGAGGCAUUUAUUUCUAUGGUGGAAGAAAGGCCCCUGAUAUGGGACAAGACAAGAGAGGAUUUUAAGGAUAGGAAUAAAAGUAAAGCCGCCUGGCAAGAGAUCAUCGAUACAUUUAUUCAUGAAAACCUGAACGAGGCAGAAAAAGCCGAAAUAGGUUUCAUUGCCGGUGCCCUGAAAAUGAAGCGUUUGAAAUUUAGCCAGGAACUUCAUUAACACCAGCUCACGUUUGGCGUAGAAAAUAAAGCCUCAGAGAUAACACACCGCCUCUCGCUUGUGCGUGAGAAGUGAAGAAUAAAUUUGAAUAAACAGUGAAAAUUUAUCUGUAUUCAACACCCCUGAGAAAUAAAUAGUUC